UUUUGAGGCAUAAAUCAUUUGUUCUAGAAUUUCGGAACUGCAACACCUUGAAGGAACUCUACAUUUGGGGCUGUCCAACUCUGGUUGAUAGGUGCCAAGGGGAGGAUGCCGACAUGGUUUCUCACAUCCCGAAAGUCACAUUAUACAGAGGUACGGGACUUCCAAAGGCCCAGUAAAUCUUCGCUUCUCUUGGUUAUUUAUGGCAUCAUUUCCACAUGCUGUGGUCUGUGGCCUUAUAUCUUUAUAUGAGUCAUGCUUUACCAUAUGUAGAUUACUUAUCAACUAAUACGCUUUAUUGAGGAUCAAUGCAUUCUCGCGGUACGUGUUUAUAACUAGUCGUGCGGUUAAGUGAUGGCACUGAUUUGGAAGCUUAACCGAAGGAAACCAUAGAUCAAAAUGUUUGCUGAUAUGCUGCACAAAACUCCUGGUCUUGUUCAGAGCCGUGGUCAAAACCUGAAGGCGCGUGAGAAGAAGAAGAGCUGGGUGGGCUUGACUUCUGAAGAUCCAGGAGAGGAAGAAGAGCUGUAAUUGCAGCAGGCUUAGAAGGAGUAAUUUUUUUUGAGGGAAUAGAAGGAGUAAUGUGUGAUGCUUUUCUCCUUAUUGGUUGUAGUCUGUAAGUUGUUUUCCUUUCCAUUCCUUUUUGUGUGUUACCACUUUUCAAACAUCUUGUGCUACCUCAUAUGUAUUCUCCACUUGUGCUUCUGUUCGCACUUUUGGUCAAGUCUCAUUUAACCCUUUCAGAUAGUCCGAUCAUUCAGGAAGAAAAGAUCAAGUCUGAUCUUUUUGUGUGAUGACUGAGAACGAGGUGGUACUUAUUAUUUUGGUCGACCGCCUGUAUGCGAGUUCUACAGCCAGGUGCUCUUCAGGAUGGGGAUGAGGAAGCUGAAUUCCUGCACGAAGCAAGCAUUACAGGCCGAUCACACUUCUGCUCCUUGCAAACAUCAGCUGUGUCCUCAAAAAAAAAAAAAUCAGCUGUGUCCUGCUGCCAGCCAUUGGAUGCAGCGUCAGUGGUUCAGAGAUAUAUCAGCAGUUCAGUUCACCACCAAGAGGCUUCUUGCUGAUGGCGUUGCUUCCCUUAGCCGAUAGUAAAGCCAAAGAAGAAAUUUUACUAUAGAAAGUUUAAUCCGACUGUAAAGAGAUGUAAAGUGCAAUGCACUGUAGAUGAUAUUGUCGAAUUUCUAUGUACUUUGGGCUAAUCAGACCAAUACAUCCUGCGAUCUCCAUUUUCUUUCUGGAGUAGAUAUUGGCGAAUUUGUUUGUGCUCACCAUUUUUGGACUCUGAUCAGAGACGGGCGUGCAAGUGAGGCAAGCUUUUGGCUGUGAGUCUGUGACAGACUGAUGGCUGGGCUGGAUUGGACGUGAAAGGAUGGAUUCGACUGGGCCGGGGUGCCCUACUGCUUCGUGGGCCAGAACCGGCCUACUAGCUUCACCCGGACCGUCCGAACAUUUUUCUCAUUUCCUGCAUUGGGCGAAAGGUGUCGGCGGUGAGACUGAGCAGCCGGAUGAAUGGAGAUUGCGGCGGCGGCCGGUGUGCAGGCCCCGGGGGCCGCAAUCCAGCGGCGCGGGUCGAGCACGCCGCGGCCGCGUGGAGGCACAAGAGGCGGCGCUGGAGCGGACGGCGCCCGCAGAGAGAGGGCAACACACGCCAUGUUACAAGUCAUUUGGUGCUCGACUUUAUUCCUUCGCUAAAAGACUGAGUCUUGCAAGUCGGAACACACUCUACGAAUAUGUGCUGUUUGGAUUUCGGGUUUAUUCUAAGAGCUGAACCACACUACCCUUCAGAGGGCAACUAGGUCUUUCUGCCAGGCCAUGGCCGAGGUUGGGGGCCUGAUUGCCAGUGCUGUGGGGAAACAAAUCUCUAGCAAGUUAGAGGAACUUGUCAAAGAGGAGAUCGCUCUGCUCUGGGGGUUCCAAGACGAAGUGGAAGGCAUGGAGGAGAAAAUGAAAGAUCUGGAGGCUGUAAUGCAUGAUGCUGAUGAUAGGGUGCGGUGAGGAGAAAAAGAUGGAGAAGCAGUUGGACGGUGGCUCACAAAAUUUAAGUCUGUCGCCUACGAUGUUGAGGACGUUCUGGACGAGUUAGAUGCUAACGAACUCAUCAAGAAAACCCAAUCAAAGCUCAAGUUAUUCUUUUCCCGGAACAAUCAACUACUCCAACGGAUGACGAUAUCCCAUAAUAUGAAGAAUGUGAGGGAGAAAAUAGAGAAAACUGAAAAAGAGAGCCUCAACACGCUCAGUCUUGCGCGUCAUGAAGCACAAGCAGAAAGGAGCAGAAAUAGAGAAACUUUUGCAGCCAUCAGUGUUGAAGGCAUGAAAAUUGGAAUGGUGGGAAGGGAUACCGAAAAGGACAAAAUAAUCAACCUGCUAUUGAGAACUGAAGCUAGUGAGGACAUCUCUAUCAUUCCUAUCGUGGGGCUUGGUGGUGUAGGGAAGUCAACGUUGGCUGAAUCUGUUUUGUCGGACAAAAGGAUCAGUGUCUUUGAUGUCCAAAUCUGGGUUCAUGUUUCUGAACAGUUUGAUUUGCACACAGUUGGGAGUAGAAUCAUCAAAAGGUUAAAUAGCACUAUCAACCUUGACAACUGUGAUUUGCAGUUCCUACAUGAUAAUCUGAAAAAAGAACUUGGUACCACAAGGUACUUGAUUAUUCUGGAUGAUCUCUGGGAAGAUGGAAACAACCUCGAAGAGUUGAAGCGGAUGUUACAAUAUGGCUGCAAGGGUAGCAGAAUUGUAGUAACUACCCGUAACCAAAGCAUUGUGCAAACACUUAGCACUGGUCUUCUUGCAAAUGAAAGGAAAAUUUGCCCUGUGCCCGAGUCGGACCAAAUUAAUUUGGGAAUUUUAUCUCCUGAUGACUGCUGGGAAGUAAUGAAGCAAAGGGCAUUUGGGCCUGGUGACGAUGACCAGAGUGUUUUGGAAAAGAUUGGAAGGCAAAUUGCAGAGAAGUGUGGGGGCCUACCGCUCAUUGCAAAUGCUCUUGGGCAAGUAAUGUUUGAGUUAAGGACUAUCAAGGCAUGGGAAGACAUAAGAGAUACAAAAGUUGAUUUGGGUUUGAGAGAAAUACAUCUAAAAAAGACCUUAGAGCGCCUCAUGCUAAGCUAUUACUACAUGAAGCUGGACUUCAAAAUGUGCUUCACAUAUUUGGCGGCCUUCCCCAAGGGCUUCAUUGUGGAUAGCGACCGUCUAAUCCAACAAUGGAUCGCUCUUGGAUACAUUCAUGCAAGGGAUGAUGGUCAAAGGUGUAUCAACUACCUUGUUGGGAUGUCUUUUCUUCAGAUCUCAAGGUCACUCUCGGUUAGUCCAAGUCCAGUGCAUGCCAGUGCUCCACGGGAGCUCAGCAUGCAUGAUUUGGUGCAUGAUCUUGCAUCAACAAUUACAGCCAAUGAAUUCCUUGUUCUUGAUGCUAAUGCCCCUGAACCAAGGACUUGGAACAAAGCUCGUUAUUGCCGACAUGCACAAUUGAACAACUACCAUAAUCAAUCUAAGGUUUUCAGAGAUCUGCCAGCGAAGGUUAGAUCCCUCCACUUUAGGGAUUCAGUAAAACUGCAACUUCCCCGAAUGGCAUUCUCUCGGACCAAAUACACACGUGUCUUGGACUUUGGGCAUUCAGUUAGAGGGCACUCUACUCCAAGCAACUUGGACCAUAAUGGAUUUUCGGUUGAAGGGCAAUCUACUCCAAGGAACAUGGUGCUGCCAUCUUCCAUUCAUCAAUCAAAGCUACUUAGGUACCUUGAUGCCACGGAUUUGCCAAUCACAUCACUUCCAAAGUCCUUCCACACGCUUCAAUACAUGCAAACUCUAAUUCUGUCCAAAUGCUCACUUGAAACAUUGCCUGACAAUAUCUGCAGCCUCCACAAACUUUGCUAUUUGGACUUAUCUGGUAAUAGCAGCCUUAAUAAGCUACCUGCGUCACUGGGGAAGCUCUCCAAACUAUCCUUCCUCAACUUAUUGGGGUGUUCCGUGUUACUAGAGUUGCCUGAAUCUUUCUGUGAGCUGACUUUUUUACGGCACCUAGAUAUGUCCGGGUGUCGUGCCAUUCAAAAGCUCCCUGAUAAAUUUGGUUGCCUUCCAAAACUCAUAUCCCUAAGCCUGUCAGGUUGUUCCAAGUUAACCAAACUACCUGACAAUGUUAGACUUGAGUCUUUGGAGUAUCUAAACCUAUCAAAUUGCUGUAGGCUAAAAAACCUGCCGAAAGAUUUUGGCAACCUCCAAAAGCUUGUGUUCUUGAACCUCUCUGAUUGCUACAAGGUUUCAAUGCUCCCAGAAUCACUUUGCCAGCUUGUUCAUUUGAAAGACUUAGAUCUUUCAGAUUGCCAUGACCUUAGUGAAUUGCCUGAAUGUUUCGGUAACCUUUCUGAGCUUGAUUCUUUGAAUCUAACAAGUUGCUGCAAGCUACAACUACUGCCCGAGUCAUUCUGCAAGUUGUUUAAGCUGAGGAGUCUAAAUUUGUCAUAUUGUGUGAUGCUCCAAAAGCUCCCCUCCUUGUUAGGUGACCUUAAUCUUCAAUCACUAGAUAUCUCUUCUUCUUCAUCUCUUCGUGAUUUGCCGGACAGCAUAGGUAACAUGACUAGUCUCACUCAGUUUGGGGUCACGGCAGCACGACCUAAAGUCUUUAACAAGGCACGAGACAUUCAGAAGCAUCUAGAUUUGCCAGGAGUAACAGUAAAUGAGAUAGACCAUAAAGGACAUAGCAGUAUAGUGGAUCUUGCGCAAUUGACUUGUCGUGAGUUAUAUGUUGUACAACUUCAGAAUGUCAGGCAUCCAGAAGAUGCAGAGAGGGCCAAGCUGCGUGAUAAAUCAGAUUUGAGAGGGCUUGCUCUUGGCUGGGGACUCCAAGGAGGAGAGGGAGAUAGAUCUGUCUUGGAGAGGCUCGUACCUCCUCUGACUCUUGAACAUUUUACGCUGCACGGGUAUAUGAGCAAGGAUUUCUCUAACUGGAUGUCUCACAUCUCCUCCUUCCUCCCUUCACUCACCUACCUCAGGCUUUAUGAUUUAGGAACAUGCAAUACUCUUCCUCCAUUUGGGCGGCUGCCAAAUUUGAGAGGCCUUAGUAUGGAGAACAUUCCCAACAUCAGGAAAAUCGGCAAGGAAUUCUAUGGAAAGGAUGGAACUUGUAUGAAAUUAAGAAUGAUAGAUUUGAAGUCGAUGGGGAAUUUGGUGGAAUGGUGGACAACACGGUCAGGUGAAGAAAAUGAAGAGUUUUUAAUCCCAAAUUUGCAUAGGGUGGAAUUAGUAGACUGCCCAAAGUUGAAGUUCCUACCAUAUCCCCCAAGAUGUAUGUUCUGGUUCAUAGAAAACAGCCAUGAGUUAAUACCAGAAGGAGGAUUUGGGAAGCUUUCAUCCUCCACUCUUCCUUUUUCUCUCACAAUAGUGAACUGCAAUUUUUCACCAGACCAGUGGGAUAGGCUUAAGCUCCUCCCCACCCUCGAGUUAUUUCAGGUUGAGUCCUGCAGCGGCAUGAGGGCCUUGCCGGAGGCCAUUCGAUGCUUCACCUCUCUGAGAAAACUAAAUUUGUGGUCGUUGAAGGAUCUGGAAUUACUGCCGGAAUGGUUGGGGCACCUCACUUCUCUAGAACACAUGUACAUCCGAGAUAGUCCCAUAACAUUUUUGCCCGAAAGCAUGAAAAGCCUUACCGCCCUCAGAGUACUAUGGUUGAAGGAGUGCAAAGGCCUUGAUGCAUUGCCAGAAUGGAUGGGACAACUCAUUUCCCUUCAAGAAUUUUGUAUCAUCAGUUGCCCCAACCUGACAUCUUUGCCUGAAAGCAUACAAAACCUUACCACCUUGAAGAAACUCUAGAUUUGGGGUUGUCCAAAUCUGGUUGAAUGGCAAGGGGAGUAUGCCAACAUGAUUUAUCACAUGGCGACAGACACAGUAAUUGAUGUGCCUUGGUCGACAGAUGAAGAACAAGGUGGACGUGAUGGCUGCAAUGCGGAGAGCUAAAGGAAAGAAACUUCCAGAGGCUAGAAGGAGAAGUCUGUAAUGCUUUUGCUGUCGUGACUGGUUGUAGUUUCUUAGUGGAUUUCCUGGCAAGUAAAGCCUGAUGAUGGUCGUGUAUUCCAGGCUAUCUAGAACUCGUUGUAUGUUAAGGUUGAGUACCAAUCAUUUCUUAUUUUAUCAGUAAUGCUCAUGUGGCCUUUUUUCGUUACAAAGCUGGGGCUCUCCUAGCAGGUGAUGCCUCACAGCCAAACCUAUAGCCCAUGAGGAAGGUUGAUAGGGCCUGGACUCGGAGUUUUGCAGAAACCAGCAUGUGUAGCGGCGGUGUUAUACUGACAGUGGAGCCAGUUGCUGCCUUCUGAUCCUCCAGCAGCGGAGAUGGCAGUGUCGAGAUCCAUCCCUGCAGCUGUGAGCUCCAGUUCACCUGAGGAUAUUACUUGAACUACAGCUGAAAGCUGCACCAGGAAAUUUACUUCAUACCCCGGCAACAAUAUGUUCAGUACCUCAAGGGAGUGAAAGGAUUAAGUACUUGGAGAGGGGACAAGGUUGAAGAAUGGAGAGAGGAAAAUUUAUUUUCUGCUUGCAGCUGGACCUGCAAAGUGGUGAUGAGGACCCUCUAAGGAGAAUGUUUUGGAGCUAAAAGGAGAUAGUCUUAGCAUCCACGUUUGAAAAGGUUGACCUGUUCAUGGACUCUGUAAAGUAUACCGCAGAGGAGGCUUUUACAUAGCUACAGUUGUAACAAAUUACCAUGAUUGGAAAGCAUAAUGUGAGGCUCCCAAGAGGUUGGAGCAGAGUCGAGCGCCAUGGUCGUGGGUCGAUCUCAUCCCGCCUGGCGCGGUGUCACUACCUCGACCGAGUUCUACAGCCAGGUGCACUUCAAGAUUGGGGAUCAGAUGGACGUUCUACAAGCUGCUGCGUUCCGACAGUGAUGUACUGGUGCUGUGGUGCUUCCAGUAUUACCGGCCUUGUUAGUGUGACACUUUGCGCUUCUUCCAAACAUCAGGCGUUUGACGUGUCCUGGAUUCCUCCUGGUGCCUUUGGAUGCAGCAUCAGUGGUUAUGUCUUCUGUAUCUCGUCGAUCAGCAGUUCACAGCCAAGAAGGCUUCUUACUGUUUGCAGGCUUGUGUGCCCCAAGUUAUAGAAGAAAUUUUAGGACUGUUUAAUCCGAUUGUAAAAAGAUGUAAGCAACCGUGUAGAUAUUGCUGAAUCUGUAUGUGCUUAAUUUAGUGCGAACUCCAUUUUCUUUCUGGUGGUGUAAACCGGCAACCCAAAUAGUAAUUGUUUCGUUUCGGAUGGAAUCUGAAAGUACAUUUAACUUC